UGAACAUAUAAUGGAUAUGUCAUCAUCUCAAGAAUUUUGGCGAUUAGAACUCAAAGGAUAUAAUCUGACACACCAGUUGUCAUUGCCUGUAGACCGACAACGUUCAUCGACUAAUCAACAACGUUCAGUUUUAGCUUCUUCAGCUCAAAUCACUUUUGAUGAUGAAAUAUGUGCAUCAUUUUUCAACUAUGCAUCAUCACAUCAUCUCACACUCUUUCAACUUGGAUUAUCCAUAUUUUAUGUCUUCCUAUUCAAAUUAACUCAUGGUGAGAGUGAUUUAUGUAUUUCUUCUAUUAAUGCAAAUCGAUAUAGAAGUGAAUUAGUGAAUAUAAUAGGAAUGUUUGUUUCAACAUUACCAUUUCGUAUGGAACUUGAUUGUCAUUGGUCAUUUGAUGAAGUAGUUAAAUAUGUACAAGAAAAAUGUUUAUCAUUUCUUGAACAUUCUCACUAUCCACUUCAACAUAUUCUUACUGAUUUACAUCUCACUCAAUCAAAUGUAUCAUUUCUUGAAACAAUGUUUGAUUUUAUUACUAUAUCAAGAGGAGUCAAUGAUUUAUGUUUGAAUGGUGUUAAUCUAGAACAAGUAUCGUUAACAUCAGCAUCAUUUGCACAAGCUUUACUAUGGCAUAAUGAAUCUAUUCAUUGCACACCUCACAUAUCACAAGUAGCAAUUUACAACAUGCCUUUUGUUUAUCGUCUCCGCUUACAUUAUACUUUAUCAGUACAACACCUUCGUCAUGCUCUUCAACUAAUCGUCACAAAACAUCAAUCUCUUCGAACAUCACUCAUAUUUUAUACACACAACAAUCGACUCAUACAAGAAACCAUCGACUUCAGUCAGCAUAAUAAUACAUUAUUUACAUUUAUUGAAAGCACUUAUACAACACAUGAACAACUUAUUGAUCUCAUACAUGAAGAAAAAUAUAAUCUUCAACUUUUUGAUCUUGCUCAAGGUCUUGUCUUUCGAUGUCAUAUUAUUUAUUACAAGCAAAUCUCUUCAAAUCAUCUUCUUUCUCACAAAGACCUAAUUAUCUUCAACUUUCAUCAUGCUCUAUUUGAUUAUCCAUCAAUGGAAGUGUUUCUUCACGAUCUCAAUGAAGCAUAUACAACAGGUCAAUUAUUAUAUGACGACAACACUCUUCUACGUUAUCUCGAUUAUGCUGUUAUUGAACAACAAAUGUCAAUGACUGGUGCAAAUAUGUUUUGGCUUGAUGCUCUUCAUGAUUGUAAACUUGAUCAAUCUCUAUCAUUACCAUUUGAUCGAUAUCGUCUCUCGAAUGAACAUCGAACUGGUCGUGGAACAUCGGUUUCUUUUGAUUUUGGUCAAGAUCUCUCACAUCACUUUCUCAUCCAUGCAUCAUCAAACAACAUACCACUUGAACAUCUUACAUUUGCUAUUUAUUUCAUCUUUCUAUUUAAACUAACUAAUGGACAAACAGAUCUAUGUAUUGCUAUGAACAUCAAUAAUAAUCGAUAUAGAGAUGAACUCAAAUCAGUCAUUGGGCUGUUUGAGAAUGUCAUUCCACUACGGUGUCGAUUGGAUCCUCAUUGGUCUUUUCAUCAACUAUUCGAACAUAUUCAAGAGAUAAUCACAAAUAGUAUGAAAUAUUCAUAUUUUCCACUUCAGCGUAUUCUCAAUCAACAUCCACAUAUUUCAAAACAUGCAUUUUUGGAUACAUCUCUAGAAUUUAUAUCAGGUAACAGUAACAAUGACAACAAUGUAAUAAUGAUUGGUGAUUCUCAACUUGUUCCAGCAUGUUUCUCAUUCAACAUUAAUGAAGAUAUGAUACUAGAUGUACCCGACUUCCGUCUUUUAAUUCAUCAUGAUACCACUAUCAAUCAGCUAUCAUGCAUAAUCAAUGCAUCACUUGAUUUGUUCAACAGAGACACAGCGGAGAAGAUUUCACAACGGCUUCAUUCCACCGUACACAAACUAUCUGCAUCUAUUAUUGACGAUGAAAUAAACAAACCAAUAUAUGAACUAUCAUUAAUAUUAUCAAACGAACAAUGUCUAAUACAAUCAUUAAAUAAUACACAAGUAUCAUUUUCAUCUUCUCACACUUGUAUUCAUCAUGAAUUUGUAUAUCAAGUAAUGAAACAUCCACAGAAACUAGCUGUUGAACUAGAUGAACAGUCAUUAACAUAUUGUGAAUUGUUAUAUUAUGUUCAAGUAUUAUCUUCGACUCUUCUUAAUGAAUAUCAUGUUUUUCCAGGUGAGAUAGUUUGUCAAUGUGUUGAGCAAAGUUUAUCAAUGGUGAUUGGUAUUAUGGGAAUUGAAAUGGCUGGUGGUGUUUAUUGUCCAUUGUCACCUCGAGAUCCACAACAUCGUUUGCAUGCACUAGUAGAGCAAACUCAAUGUCGUCUUGUACUGGCUCACUGUUCUACAACGUUAAAGUUUUCUAGUGAAAUCAUUUUAUGCAACGUAGAUUUGUUAUGGACUAUCGGCCACAUCAACAGUUUUAUAAUUCUCGAUUGCCUUUCGGAUAUUGUAGUGACAGCAGACAAUAUUGCAUACAUUGUUUUUACUAGUGGUUCAACAGGAACAUCGAAAGGAGUAGGACGUACCCUUGUCUAA